CGGACCAAUACCAAUGUGAGGCACCAAUAACACUGGGUGGGAUCCUCUGCCUGUCCCUCUCACCCCGUCCAGACCCGCGCUUCGCUUGGCUCCUUCCUCCCUCGCUCUGCUGGCCCCCCACUGUCCCCAGACCCCCCUCUCAGCUGCCACACUGGCAGCUCCAAAUUUCCCGUUAAGCUUUUGCUAAAUCCUGUAAGAAUUUAACAAAUUUUAUUUUAUUUUCCAUUUUUUUUCCCAACUUCCCUCAUAACACCGGAAGGCCGGAAGAUGAAAGAUCAACUCGUGGAUAUGGAAUAAUUUACUGAGCGGGACAUGGACUUUUUUGUAAAUUAACGAGUUCAUCGGGGAUUGGAUAUACUGAAGCUAUCCACGAUCAGUUCUACAUGAGGAGGCUUGGUUCAUUUCUCUGAGAUUAUCUCUGCAUCACCAUGGCCGAAGGAGCCAAAGCCCCCUCGGUGGGUGCAGCGGGGGGCUCCGGCAGACCUGCACAGACGAGCUCUCUCAAAUCCAAAGGGCUGGAGCUCGUCCGAAAGGUGAAAGUGUCUGUGGAGCUGCUGAUCGCCCUGGCUGCUCUGCUGUCCUGGAUGGUUGUGGGCGUGGUGAUGUUUGACUUUGUGGAAUACAAAACAGUACCUGAUGUUCACCAAAUCAUUGCAGACCCAGUUCAAGCUGUGAACGACGCUGUAGAGGAGGUGUCCAGCCUGCUCAGUAAGUUUCAAGAAUGUGCUCCCGAUUUAAGCAACCCCUCAUCUGCUGCAUCUUACGCUGCUGAAGAGGUUAUAGAAGCAAAAGAUGGAUUUGUUCAAUAUUUUUCUGAUGAAGAAGGAACCUUCUACGCCAGCUACGUCGACCCUGUGGUCAUUGGAAGAAGAGCUUUCCACUCCACCAAUGACUUCAUGUGUGGAGUGGUUGGCUCCAUCAGGGACAUGCUGUGCGCUAUCGUGGAUACUGUCCUGGAUGCAGUUCUGGAUAUAAGACAAGGAAGAAUUGAUCUGAGCUAUAUGGACCCUGUGAUAAUAGGCAGAGGGUUGUUCAGAGUGACGACUAACUUCAUGUCUGAAGUGGUGGGCUUCAUCCAGAAGGGGCUCGGCCUCCUGGUGGACUCUAUUUGUGAUGUGGUGAAAGGAACCACUGACAUUAGCUUCAUUGAUCCAGUGGUACUCGGCAGGACAUUUUUCAACGCUAUAAAUAACGCUGUCGGUGGAAUAACAGGGUACAUCCAGGACAUAUUCUGCGGCAUCUUAGACACCGUACUGGGUGCAUCUAAAGGAACAACAGACAUGAGUUAUGCCGACCCGGUGGUCCUUGGCAGGAAAUUCUUCAAUAUCACAAAUGAUGCUGUGAGUGGAACAGUGGGCUACGUUCAGGACAUACUUUGUGCUAUUUUAGAUACCUUAUUGGAUAUCUCCAAAGGAACCAUUGACAUCAGCUUUGUUGACCCCGUGGUCAUUGGCAGAAAUGUUUUUCACGUUCUUGACGAAUUCGUUACUGAAAUCACAGGAUACAUCCAGAACGUGCUUUGUGCAAUCUUGGACGUGGUACUGGACACAUUAAAAGACAUCCAGGAGGCUGUGGGAUUCAGCCCCUUAUCAGCUCUGAAGACAAUGGCAGAAAUCAUCAAAGAACCUAUAAACAUAAUUAUAGGCUACCUCUCCACAACACUGAUUGGUGAACAAGCGGUCAUGCCGGAGGUUUCUGUCGACCCGAUGAAGGUUGUUGAAGAAGCGGUGUUGGAGUUUACCGACAAGAAGGAUUUGUUCUUGGGUUACAUGUCAAGUGUGCUUGGUGGCGAUCAAGACGAGCCUGUCCCUCCUCCGGCUGUAAAUGUUGUCACUGAAAAAGAUGAAGCUGCUGUUUCGCCACCUGACAUCAUUCUGGUGAGAAAGAAAGGGGAAUUCCUACCUCCGCUUGAAAAAGUUGCAGACAUGAUGCAUGCCGUCGAAGACGAAUUCGUCUCUGCUGCAGAGGAGGCUGAGGCUGAAGAAGCUACUGGAGCUGCCGGGAAAGCAGGAGUGACCAAAGCAAAGAAAGCAGAGGGUAUUCAGAUUUUUGUUUGUUUUAUUCAGUCACAUUGAGCAAACUGAGAAUUAGCCACUAAAGUUAAUACUAUCACAUUAUUAGUGAAACAUGUUGAAGAAAUGCAACACGAGCCUUCACUAAGGGAGGAAAUCCCAGAUGUUGAGUUUGAGGAGGAAGGAACUGCAAAGGAAGAAGAGAUGGUAGAUGAGAUUACAUCACAGGAAGAUGCAGAACAACUGGUGCACGAGGAAGACCAAGAGGAGGAAGAUGAGAAACUAAAAACAGGACCAGAUCAAAAAGAGGGAGAAGUAAAAACAGAGGAUCUCUUGGUAGAAGAAGUAGAUGAAGAGACACCAGCAAGAGACGGAGAGUUGGAAGACCAACAGGAGGAGCAGGAGAAAUUAAAAAUGGGACAAGAACCACAGGAGAAUGAACGUGAAAUAGAGGAUAUAUUGGUAACAGAAGGUGAUGAAAGGACACCAACAACAGAGGGAGAUCUAGAAGAUCAUGAUGUGGAAGAGGAAAUGCUCAAAACUGACUCUAUGGUAGAAGAUAAAGCAGAGGAAGAAGACAAGGAACCUGAAUUUAAGGAGGCUUUGGUAGAGGGUGAGGAGACCGAAGAGAA